GAGAGAGAGUGUGUGUCACUGGUGGUGCGUGUGCGUGCUUUGUUCUUCUUUAGUUUUCUCUCUUGUUUCUCUCCAGCUCCAGCGCGAGAAGAGAUGGGCGACGAAUCAAUCAAUGCGAAUGUUGAUGUGUGUGGUGAUUCAAGGCACUAGCGACUGGCAUUGUGGCGUCCCCGUCAAUCUGGAGCUCUGAGCAACGAGAGGGAAAGAGAGAAAGAAGAAGAAGAAGAUAAAGGGGUUUCUUUCGGGUCACAUUGUUUCUGCUUCUCCAGCACCAUAGCGAGCGAGCGAGCGAGCGAGCGUUUUACAGUGAUGGGUUCUCGCGCAGGAGCUGGAUCCAGGUACCAUUUUGGCAGCAUUGGAUUGGGUUUCCCGGGGAUGGGAGAUAUGGAGUUCUAGAGCUCCAUUUCUUCGGGAUUUCGGCAUAGGAUAGCGGCUAGCUCGCUCGAUCAUAGAUGAACAGGGGCAGGCAUGGCUUCUUCCCAAAGCUUUCGAGGCAAGUUUGCUACUCCUCCUGUCCUAGCACCAUAGCAUCAUAGAUUGGGGAGGCUUUCAAGGAAGGCGACAUGGAUGAACAGCCAAGGCAGGAUGGCUAAGCUAAUCUCGAUGGUGGCGCUCUAGAUCUCGCCAGUCGCCUAGUUAGGUGGCGAGUUGUGGGUGAUGAUCUUGCAGUGCAAGCUAACCGAUACCCCACAGAGAAAACGAAGAACUUCGCCUUCACGGUAGCUGGAACGUAGCAACAGGAAGAACACAAGAGAGAAGAGAAUGUCUAUGUCUAUAGGAAGACCACUCCAGCAGCAUCCAAGCAAUGUGAGAGUGGUGAGGAGAAACCAGUGGAGCAAAGCUCUCAGCCCCGCGAAGAAGAAGAAGAAUGGCGACGAGGAAAAGGAGGAGGAGGAGGAAAAGGAGAAGAUCAAGCGGCCAUCGCCGAUUCUCAAGAAGGUUUCCAGCUUCGACACGAUAGAAGUGAGCAGUAGUGACGAUCAACACUGCAAUGGUGGCGAAGGAUUGGACUACCAGAGCCCGCUGAGGAAAGAUGGCUUGAUCAUGGAUCCGCCAACACCGAUGUUCUUCAGCUUCACUUACGGCCUCUACUCCGACUCCACCACCAAUUCCAGCUCGAAUUCCCACGACAAAGAGGAAGCCAUGGCCAUCGCCAAGAACUGCACCACCGACGAGGAGUCUUCCAGCAGCUGUAGCAGCUGCGUGGAGGAUCCUUCGCCGCCACCUUGGAAGUCACUGGCGGAGGUGGCGGCGGCGGACGAGAGCGCCAAGAAGAAGAAGAAGGUGACGUUUGCGGUGCCGGAGGCUGUUACGUUCGCGGAGAAGGAGAUCGAGGCUCCUCCUCCGCCACCUUUGAUCUUGAGCUCGCCGCGAGGGUCUCGAGCUCCCGGGAGCUCUUACAGUCCGAUCAGGAGCCCGAGGUCGAUCCAUCCCGGGUGGAAGAAGCAAAGCUCGCCGAAGGCCGGGCGGGUGGCUCCCGAGGGAUUGGUCGACUUGGCAUCGGCCGCUCCAGAUAAAAAACGCUGCUCGUGGAUCACACCUCAGAGUGACCCGGCGUAUGUCGAGUAUCACGAUUCCGAGUGGGGCGUUCCCGUCCACGAUGAUAAGAAGCUAUUCGAGCUUUUAGUGUUUGCUGGUGCGCAGGCCGAGCUAAGCUGGUCUGCACUACUGAGCAAGCGAGAGCACUACAGAGCUGCGUUCGCUGGAUUCGAUGCCGAGGUUGUGUCGAAGUUCGAUGAGGCGAAGAUCUCUUCCCUGUCUGCUGAUCCGGAAAUACUCCAGCACGAAGGGAAGAUACGGCAAAUCGUCGACAACGCAAAGUGCAUAGUCGAGGUGGUGCAAGAGUUUGGAUCUCUGGACAAGUUCGUGUGGAACUUCCUGAGCCACAAGCCGAUCGUCAACCGGUACCGGACGCCGCAGCAAGUGCCAAUCAAGUCGGCAAAGUCGGACUUGAUGAGCCGGGAUCUCAUGAAGCGGGGCUUCCGUUUCGUCGGGCCGACCAUCAUGUACUCGUUCAUGCAAGCCGCCGGGAUGACGAACGAUCACGUCCUCCACUGCUUCCGCCACCAGGAAUGUAUCGCAAUCUCCUCCCCGCCAUCGCCAUCGCCAUCGCAAGAACACAAACUCCCGAACGAGUCUUCCGCCGAGAAAUCGCCACAAUCCUAAUACGAAACUAGCAAAACUACUAUGAUAGAGUGAUCUUUAUAAAGGGCAUUUUUCUUCGCUGUA